AUGGCUCUCUCGGAGUACAUUUUCCGCAGAAUCGAGUCGCUCGGAGUGCACAACGUCUUCGGGGUGCCGGGAGACUACAACCUCUCGCUGCUCGAGCACCUGUACUCGGUGCCGACGCUCCAGUGGGUCGGGUGCUGCAACGAGUUGAACUCGGCGUACGCGGCAGACGGGUACUCCCGGACCAUUGGGCACGACAAGUUCGGGGUCCUGCUCACCACGCAGGGUGUCGGGGAGUUGAGUGCCCUCAACGGGGUGGCGGGCUCGUUUGCAGAGCACGUGCCGGUGCUCCACAUUGUCGGCACCACCAAGCACUCGGUGAAGAACAGGGGCGCCCACUACCACCACAUCAUCAACGGCGUGUCCACCAGGGACCCAACGAACCACUACGUCUACGAGCAAAUGGCCGCAAACGUCUCGUGCAAGGUCCUCUCGCUCACGGACGACCUGUCCAACGCGGCCAACGACAUUGACGACUUGUUCAGAACAAUCUUGGCCACCAAGAAGCCCGGGUACUUGUAUGUUCCGUGCGACUUGGUCAACCUUGAAAUCGACUCGUCAAACUUGGCCGACGUCCCUGCCCAGGUCUUGAUCUCCAGAAUGCCUUCCGCCUCUCCAGACGCUGUCGAGAAGAUCUCAGACAUGAUUGUGGGCAAGCUGACUGCUUCCCAGAACCCAGUUGUGUUGUGCGACGUCUUGACCGAUAGGUUUGGACAGACGGAAACCCUCCAGACUUUGGUCGACCUCUUGAAGGUUCCUUCCUGUAACUCGCAUAUGGGCAAGUCGCUCUUGAACGAGUCCCAGCCGUGGUACAUUGGCGACUACAACGGUGCUGAAUCAAACAAAACCGUGCAAGCUUACGUUCAACAGACCGACUGCUUCCUUCAUGUCGGAGACUACUACAACGAGAUCAACUCUGGCCACUGGUCCUUGUACGAUAAGAUUCAGCCCGAAUCAAUUGUGUUGUUGAAUCCGGAAUAUAUCAAAGUUGGCAACCAGAUGUUUGAAAACGUCUCAUUUGAAGAUAUUUUGCCAACUGUCUUGCAGAAAUUAUCCUCCGUCGACAGUUUGCCAACCUAUAAUAUCCCAAAGACUGUUUUCCAGAUUGAAGAAAUUCCUUCAAAUACCCCUAUUUCUCAAACUAGAAUGCUCGAGACCUUACAAUCCUUCAUUCAGCCUAACGACGUCAUUGUAACGGAGACUUGCUCACUGAUGUUUGGUCUACCUGAUAUCAGGUUACCAAACAACACCAAGGUGAUAGGCCAACACUACUACCUAUCCAUUGGUAUGGCAUUACCAUGCUCCUUCGGUGUUAGUGUCGCCUUGGCAGAAAUGAAACAGACUGAUUCAAGAUUGAUUUUAAUUGAGGGAGAUGGUGCUGCCCAGAUGACCAUUCAAGAACUAAGCAACUACAACAGAGCAAACGUCGUCAAGCCGUUGAUUAUUCUUCUCAACAAUAACGGUUACACUGUCGAGAGAAUUAUUAAAGGACCGGAAAGAGAUUACAACGAUAUCAGGCCAGACUGGAAGUGGACCCAAAUUUUGCAGACUUUUGGAGUGUCUGACGCCAAAACCGCUAAGGUUUCUACUCCACAAGAAUUGGAUAACGCGCUGAAACAAAUAGGUAACGACACAACUGUUCCAAGGUUGAUCGAAGUUACUCUCGAUAAACUAGACGUUCCUUGGAGAUUCCACAAGAUGGUGGGUAACUGA